AAAAUAAAAAUAUUGAAAACGGUUGCAGAACUUAAUAAAGAACCAAAGCAAUGCAUUGCAUUUCGCUGCCCAGCUCUCACCUGCUGUUGCACUCUCCAGCCAAAACUACCUUAAAAUUGGCAUGCCACGUCAGCCCUAGAAUGUUCUUCAACGACAGUGCUACUAAUAACAACAGCGGUAGCACAAAUGGUUUCAGUCUAAUAAAAAACGUCUCCAAGCUGCUCUGGGGCGCAUCCCUCCCUCCUGGAAUUCUAAUCUCAACCGUCCGUACAGCAUGGACUUCCACGUGGCAGAUCAUGAUGUCCCAACUGGCUCCCUCCGAUCCCUCCGGCGCUUACACCAGGCCUUUCUCAAAAUUCCGCCUCAACCCAACCGCCGCAACCACCAAACUUCACCUCUACGUGGGCCUCCCCUGUCCAUGGGCCCACCGGACCCUAAUCGUCCGUGCCCUCAAGGGCCUCGAAGAAGCCGUCCCCGUCUCCGUCGCAGGCCACGGCCUCGACGGCUCUUGGGAAUUCAAAGAUGUCCCCGACAAGGACAAUGAUAUCCUGGUUCCUACCAUGGAUGGAGUAAAUAGGUGCCGGAAUUUGAAGGAAGUUUAUAGGCUAAGAAAAGGCGGGUAUGAUGGGCGGGCCACGGUGCCAAUGCUGUGGGAUGUAGAGAAGAAAGAAGUAGUUUGCAAUGAGAGCUAUGAUAUUAUUGAGUUCUUCAAUUCGGGUCUAAACGAGUUGGCCCAGCACCCUGGUUUGGAUCUCUCCCCUGUGGAGCUGAAAGAGGAGAUUGAAGAGUGGAAUGGGGUGAUUUACCCCAAUGUUAACAAUGGAGUUUACAGAUGUGGAUUUGCUCAAAGCCAAGAGGCAUAUGAUGUUGCGGUGAGUGGUUUGUUUAGUACAUUGGAUAGGAUCGAUGAUCAUUUGGGUAGUUCACGCUACUUGUGUGGAGACAGAUUGACUCUUGCGGAUAUUUGCUUGUUUACUACAUUGAUUAGGUUUGAUCUUGUCUAUAAUGUUUUGUUCAAAUGUACCAAGAAAAAGCUGCUCGAGUAUACCAACCUUCACGCUUACAUGCGCGAUAUUUAUCAGAUUCCGAAGGUAGCCACCACUUGCAAUUUUCUGGAAAUUAUGGAUGGGUAUUACCGGAUGCUUUUUCCAUUAAACCCCGGCAGCAUUCGACCAGUUAUGCCCUCAGUGUGUGAGCACGAAUUCCUCUCUAGACCCUCCAAGAGGGAAUCAAUGUCUUCUGUAGGUAAAAGAGUGCAACAUGUUUUGUAAGUACCUCCUUAAGCCUAAACUCAUGUACAUCUGUUUAAUUUUGGUUUAUAAUGUUAAAUUGUUAAAAUAUAUUAUUUUAUGAAAUUAUGUUAAAUUCUGUCA